UCCGGCGCGGGCAGGCGAGGCGGGUGAGUGCAACCUGGAGACGGCCUUGUGUCGCUUUCAUUUUCCUUUUGAAUUCCUGCUUUGCAGACAGCAAUGGCAGCUCGAGUACUUGUAAUUGGCAAUGGAGGAAGGGAACAUACGCUGGCCUGGAAACUUGCUCAGUCUAAUCAUGUCAAACAAGUACUGGUUGCUCCAGGAAAUGCAGGCACUGCCUCCUCCGAAAAGAUGUCAAAUACUGCCAUCUCCAUCAGUGAUCACACUGCCCUUGCUCAGUUCUGCAAAGAUGAGGAAAUUGAAUUCGUAGUUGUUGGACCAGAGGCACCCCUGGCUGCCGGAAUUGUUGGGGACCUGAUGUCUGCGGGAGUGCGAUGCUUUGGCCCCACAGCAGAAGCAGCUCAGUUGGAGUCCAGCAAAAGGUUUGCCAAAGAGUUUAUGGAUCGACAUGGAAUCCCAACUGCACAAUGGAAAGCUUUCACCAAACCUGAAGAGGCCUGCAGCUUUAUUAUGAGGGCAGACUUCCCUGCUUUGGUUGUGAAGGCCAGUGGGCUUGCCGCUGGGAAAGGAGUGAUUGUUGCAGAGAACAAAGAAGAGGCCUGCAGAGCUGUCCUGGAGAUCAUGCAGGAUAAAGCUUUUGGAGCAGCUGGAGAAACAAUUGUCGUUGAAGAACUUCUUGAAGGAGAAGAGGUGUCUUGUCUGUGCUUCACUGAUGGAAGGACUGUGGCCCCCAUGCCGCCAGCACAGGACCAUAAGAGAUUGCUGGAGGGAGAUCAUGGCCCCAACACGGGGGGAAUGGGAGCCUAUUGUCCAGCCCCUCAGGUUUCUAAGGAUUUGUUGUUAAAAAUUAAAAAUACCAUUCUUCAGAGGACAGUGGAUGGCAUGCAGCAGGAGGGUAUGCCAUACACAGGUGUUCUCUAUGCUGGUAUAAUGCUGACCAAGGAUGGCCCAAAAGUUCUGGAGUUUAAUUGCCGUUUCGGUGAUCCAGAGUGCCAAGUGAUCCUCCCACUUCUUAAAAGUGAUCUUUAUGAAGUGAUUCAGUCUACCUUAGACGGCCUGCUCUGCACAUCUUCGCCGGUUUGGCUGGAAAACCACAGUGCCGUAACUGUUGUCAUGGCAAGUAAAGGUUAUCCAGGAGACUACACCAAGGGUGUGGAGGUAACAGGGUUUCCUGAGGCUCAAGCUUUAGGACUGGAGGUGUUCCAAGCAGGCACUGCCCUAAAAGAUGGCAAAGUGGUGACUAAUGGGGGUAGAGUCCUUUCAGUCACAGCCAUCCGGGAAAAUCUCAUCUCGGCCCUUGAAGAAGCCAAGAAAGGACUAGCUGCUGUAAAAUUUGAGGGAGCCGUUUAUAGGAAGGACAUCGGCUACCGUGCCAUUGCUUUCCUCCAGCAGCCCAGGGGACUGACUUACAAGGAAUCUGGGGUAGACAUUGCAGCUGGAAAUAUGCUGGUCCAGAAAAUUAAACUUUUAGCAGAAGCUACCUCCAGACCAGGCUGUGAUGUUGAGCUUGGAGGUUUUGCUGGUCUUUUUGAUUUGAAAGCAGCUGGUUUCAAAGAUCCUCUUCUGGCCUGUGGAACAGAUGGUGUUGGAACUAAACUGAAGAUCGCGCAGCAGUGCAAUAAACAUGAUACCAUUGGUCAGGAUUUGGUUGCCAUGUGUGUAAAUGACAUUCUGGCACAAGGAGCAGAGCCCCUCUUCUUCCUCGAUUACUUUUCUUGUGGAAAACUUGACCUCCACACGACCGAAGCUGUUGUCGCUGGAAUCGCUGAAGCUUGUGGAAAAGCUGGAUGUGCCCUCCUUGGAGGUGAAACAGCAGAAAUGCCUGACAUGUAUCCUCCUGGAGAGUAUGACCUAGCCGGUUUUGCCGUCGGUGCCAUGGAGCGGGAUCAGAAACUCCCUCACCUGGAAAGAAUCACUGAAGGGGAUCUUGUUGUUGGAAUAGCUUCAUCUGGUCUUCACAGCAAUGGAUUUAGCCUUGUGAGGAAAAUUGUAGCGAAAUCCUCCCUCCAGUACUCCUCUCCAGCUCCUGAUGGCUGUGGAGACCAAACCUUAGGGGACUUACUUCUAACUCCAACCAGAAUCUACAGCCAUUCACUGUUACCUGUCCUACGUUCAGGACAUGUCAAAGCCUUUGCCCAUAUUACUGGUGGAGGAUUGCUAGAAAACAUCCCCAGAGUCCUCCCUCAGAAAUUUGGGGUGGAUUUAGAUGCUCAGACCUGGAGGAUCCCCAGGAUCUUCUCAUGGUUACAGCAGGAAGGACACCUCUCUGAAGAAGAGAUGGCCAGAACAUUUAACUGUGGGGUUGGCGCUGCCCUCGUGGUAUCAAAGGAUGUGACAAAGCAGAUUCUGAGGGAUAUUCAACAGCACAAGGAAGAGGCCUGGGUGAUUGGCAGGGUGAUUGCAUGUCCUGAAGAUUCUCCUCGUGUCAAAGUCAAGCACCUGAUUGAAAGCAUGCAAGUAAAUGGGUCAGUACUGGCGAAUGGCACCCUGAAAAAUCAUUUCUCUGUCCAACCAAAAAAGGCAAGAGUGGCUGUCUUAAUAUCUGGAACAGGAUCAAACCUCCAAGCUCUCAUAGACAGUACUCGGGAGCCAAGUAGCUCUGCACACAUUGUUGUUGUCAUCUCCAACAAAGCCGCAGUGGCUGGAUUAGAUAAAGCAGAAAGAGCCGGAAUUCCCACCAGAGUAAUUAAUCAUAAAUUAUAUAAAAGUCGUGUAGAAUUUGACACUGCAGUUGACAAAGUCCUUGAAGAGUUCUCCACCGACAUAGUCUGUCUUGCAGGAUUCAUGAGAAUUUUAUCUGGCCCCUUUGUCAGAAAGUGGAAUGGGAAAAUGCUCAACAUCCACCCAUCCUUGCUCCCUUCUUUUAAGGGAGCAAAUGCCCAUGAGCAAGUCCUAGACGCUGGAGUCACAGUCACUGGGUGCACCGUGCACUUUGUAGCUGAAGAUGUAGAUGCUGGACAAAUUAUUUUACAGGAAGCUGUUCCAGUGAAAAGGGGUGACACUAUUGCAACUCUGUCUGAAAGAGUGAAAUUAGCAGAACAUAAAAUAUUUCCCGCAGCCCUCCAGCUGGUGGCCAGUGGAACUGUACAGCUUGGAGAAAAUGGCAAGAUCUGUUGGGUCAAAGAGGAAUGAAGCUCCUAAUUCAGGAAUGGAGCCAGUUUUGAAAGAAGUCUGACUGUUUGCGUGGUGGCUUUUUAUUACGGACCUGGCCCAAAAGAAAAGCUGCUAAAAAAGAGGCCCUCACCCUUACCUCUUGGGCCAUUUUUUAAUGAACAGAGAUUCAUUAAAAACAACUGGUAACAGCAUAUCUAAGACAU